AUGCUUCAACGAGCGGGCAAAGCCUCCGCUAAAGAGACACCUAGGCGGAUAUUCUCCAAUAAAGACAUCAUCGAGCCGACAUUGCUGCAGAACGAGCCGACUGCUACUAGUAGCCUCGAUGUUGCACAUAGCCCUAUGCCGACCUCCGCUGCAAACCUAGCACCUCGUACUCAAAAAGCGUUACCAACCAACAAAAGCCCGGAUGAAGCGCCCCUAGUUCCAAAAUUAACUAAUUUUGACGGCGGCAACGUCGCGCCGCUUCAGCGGUUCAUCGCGCUGCAAGGAGGGCAUGAGCACCAUCUUGAACGAAAGCCGCGCAAAGAGCCGCUGUCCGAUCUGUGGAGGAAACUACUGAGCAAGAAGCAGCCGCCGGAGGAUAAGAAGGGGCUUACUUUGUUGGCGAAGUACGGCAAGUGCCAGGAAGUGGUUGGAUACGGGACAUCUGGCAUCGUGCAUGUCUCGCACAAGAAAAAAGAGGAUGGAACCGGCGAAGAACUAUACGCGGUGAAGGAGUUCCGGCGUCGGUCAAGGGAGGCGGAGGAUAAGUACGUUAGGCGCUUGACGGCUGAGUUCUGCGUCCUCAGCGAGCUGCGCCAUCCCAACGUGAUCCGCACGCUCGAACUACUAACGGAUGCGAAGGGGAAUUACUGCGAGGUGAUGGAAUACUGCGAAGGUGGUGACCUAUUCACACUGGUGCGCUCGUCAGGGAAGUUAGAGACACAGGAGGCGGAUUGCCUCUUCAAGCAGUUGAUGCGCGGCGUCGAGUAUAUGCACGAGAUGGGUGUAGUGCACCGCGAUCUCAAGCCAGAGAACUUGCUGCUUACCAGGCACGGCGGACUCAAGAUCAGUGAUUUCGGCAACAGCGACUGCUUUCGCACGGCCUGGGAGAACGAAGUCCAUAUGAUGUCUGGGCUAUGCGGCUCAGGGCCAUAUAUAGCUCCAGAAGUAUACAUAGACCAGGAGUACGAUGGCCGAGCAGUCGAUGUCUGGGCAUGCGGUGUCGUUUAUAUGGCAAUGCGCACGGGUAGUUUCCUCUGGCAAAAAGCAGAGAAAGAUAAGGAUGAGAUAUUUGCACAAUAUCUCAAAGAUCGUCGUCAGAAGGAGGGGUUUAGCCUAAUUGAGUCGUUAAGCCUAUUAAGCUGCCGGGAUGUUAUUUACUGCAUGUUAGAUCCGAAUUCGUCUCGCCGCAUCACGGCAUCACAAGUCUUGCGGUCCGAAUGGGGUCGAGAAAUACGACUUUGUCAGGCGGCCUUCUAG